GUCUUCCGGUCACGUGACCCGCCGCCUGCUCCAUUGGGAGAGCGCGGUGUUUGCUGCAUUUUCCUUCAGAGCGGGAGAGACGCGCGCACGCACGCACGCACGCCGUGUCACUCCAUGAAAGCCGACGUUGCUAUGAUCUGCUGCCAUCGCUAAGAUGUUCCUCUACGAAGACCCGGGCCGGAACAGGAACAAGACCAUGGACGCCUUGAUGUCUGGCGGGAACGCCAUGGCGCACUCGGCCGCCCUGGGCGCGCACACGUCGCCUAUGAUGCACACCGCCGGCUACUCGGCCGCCGACGUGUCCGCGGGCACGAGCGACUCGUUCACGUCGUCGGGGCCGCCGCAGGGCGCUCUCCCGUACUCCUACUUGGCGGGCGGCUACUACCCGUGCAGGGUGAAGGCCGCGCCUUACGUGGACAACUGUGAGGAGUACCCCAGCCCCCGGCCCAAAGACUUCUUCUACCACCCGGGACCCUACCAGCCCGUGGCCAGCUACCUGGACGUGUCCGUGGUCCAGACGCUCGGGGCUGCCGAGCCGCGCCAUGACGGCCUGCUUCCGGUGGACCCGUACCAGCCUUGGACGCUGGCAGGCGGCUGGGGGGGGCAGGUGUGCUGCAAGGACCAAGGACCGCACCUCUGGAAGUCCGCCUUGGCCGACCACGCCUCCCGCGGAGGCCGCAAGAAACGCGUGCCUUACUCCAAAGUGCAGCUGCGCGAGCUGGAGGCGGAGUACUGCGCCUGCAGCUUCGUCAGCAAAGACGCCAGGAAGAAGAUGUCCGCCGCCACCAAGCUGACGGAGCGCCAGAUCACCAUCUGGUUCCAGAACAGGAGGGUCAAGGACAAGAAGGUCAAAAACACCUCAUCCUAAUCGCCAUGGCAACCAUCUCCAUGUCCGCCAUCUCAGCUCCAAUCAUCAAUAUACUUUAAUCGUUAGCAUUAGCAUUAGCAUUAGCAUUCAGCCUUUUCUUAGCACGUUUUAGGCUAAAAGUUGAUACUUUCCUAUAUUCAGUGGCUGAAUACAUAUAUUAACAUCAUAUUAAAUACAUAUAUUAACAUCAUAUUAAAGGUUUUAAAAUGACAUUUAUUUAUGAAAUAAAUAAGAAUAAUCAGACAGCUUUCAUGAAUGGCCGCCAUUUUGGGUCACAUGACUGUCACGUGACAACAGCAGUAGAACGCAUUGAAAUAGUUUUUAGGGCUUUUUAUGGAACAUAAAACAAACCCGAUUAAAAAACACAACAUUGAAAUGAAUAAUAAAGUAAAUUAUAAAAACACAUCAUUGAAAUACAUAAUAAAGCAACCUAAAGUCCAAAUUUAAAAACACAAGAUUGAAAUAAAUAAAGUAAAUUAAAAAAACACAACAUUGAAUUAAAUAAUAAGGUAAGUAAAAAACAACAACAUUGAAAUAAAUAAUAAAGCAAACUAAAGUUCCAGUUAAAACAUUGAAAUAAAAAAGUAAAUACAAAAACACAACACUGAAAUAAAUAAUAAAUAAAAAACACAACAUUGAAAUAAAUAAUAAAGUCCAAAUUAAAAAACACAACAUUGAAAUAAAUAAUAAAGUAAAUUAAAAAAUACACAACAUUGAAAUAAAUAAAUAAAUUAAAACAACACAUCAUUGAAAUAAAUAAUAAAGCAAACUAAAGUCUAAAUUAAAAAACACACAACAUUGAAAUCAAUUCAUUGAUAUUAUUUCUUUCAUGAAAUAAAUAUGAUAGAAACAGUUAAAUUGUGAUAUUUGACAACCUAUUGAAGUUAGAGUUGUUACAUGGAUUGAAUGGUAAUAUAAACAAUCCUACUAGCGGACAUGAAGGGCCGCCAAUUUGGGUCACAUGACUGUCACGUGACAACAGCAGUAGAACGCAUUUGAAAGUGUUUUUUUAUGGCCUUUUAUGGAAAAUAAAGCAAACUAAGGUCCCAAUUAAAAAAACACAACAUAUAAAUAAAUAAUAAAGUAAACCUAAAGUCCAAAUUAAAAAACACAUAAUUGAAUUAAAUAGUAAACUAAGUAAAAAAACAACAACAUUGAAAUACAUAAUAACGCAAACUAAAGUUCCAGUUACAACAACAACAUUGAAAUAAAUCAUAAAGUAAAUUAAAAAACACAACAUUGAAAUAAAUAAAGUAAAUUAAAAAACAACAUUGAAAUAAAUAAUGAAGUAAAUUAAAAAAAACAAAAAAACAGGCCCUGCAAUGAGGUGGCGACUUGUCCAGGGUGUACCCCGCCUUCCGCCUGAUUGUAGCUGAGAUAGGCUCCAGCACCCCCCGCGGCCCCGAAGGGAAUAAGUGGUAGAAAAAAUGGAUGGAUGGAUAGAAAAAAACAACAACAUUGAAAUAAAUAAUGGAGUAAAUUAAAAAACACAACAUUGAAAUAAAUAAUGAAGUAAAUUAAAAAAAAACAACAUUGAAAUAAAUAAUCAAGUAAGUAAAAAACAACAACAUUGAAAUAAAUAAUAAAGUAAGUAAAAAACAACAACAUUGAAAUAAACAAAUAACUGGGACUUUUUAACUAAAGUCCCAGUUAAAAAACACAAUACGUUUUUUAUAAGGUUUAAAAAACACAACAUUGAAAUAAAGUUUUUAUUACUUUCAUGAAAUACAUAUGAUACAAACAGUUAAAUUGUGAUAUUUUGACAACCUAUUAAAGUUUGAGUUGUUACAUGGAUUUAAUUGUAAUAUAAACAAUCAUUCUAGUGGACAUGAAGGGCCGCCAUUUUGGGUCACAUGACCUUUUAUGGAAAAUAAAGCAAAACUAAAGUCCCAAUUAAAACAACGCAACAUUGAAAUAAAUAAUAAAGCAAACUAAAGUCCAAAUUUAAAACAACACAACAUUGAAAUAAACAAUAAAGCAAAGUAAAGUCCCAAUUAAAAAACACGAAGUUAUUUAAAAGGUUAAAAACACAAGAUUGAAAUCAAGUUAUUAAUAUUAUUUCUUUAAUUGAAUUAAUAUGAUACAAACAGUUAAAUUGUAAUAUUUGACAACCUAUUUGAAUUAGUUGUUGUAUAAAUAAUCAUACUAACGAUAUAAAAUCUAUUGCAUUAUUAUUAUUAUUAUUAUUAUUAUUAGUGUACAUGAAGGGCCGCCAUUUUGGGUCACAUGACAGUCACGUGACAACACUUCUAUACAGUAGAACUCGUGUGAACACUUAGAAAGUCAUUUUGAAGUUGUUGUUUUUUAUGUGGUGAAAAUAAAGUGCCUAAAGUAAAAAUAAAGGAGAAGAAAGUGAUCAAUAAAAUGUUUAUCUAUAGACUUUAUUCCAAUGUUUGUUCUUUGUUCACAACAUAAACUCUCAUGUUGUCUGUGUUUACAUCAUCAAUGUGAUCUGGACCACACCUCCACGUAAUGACGUCAUCAGCAGUGACGACGUCAUGUCAAUCAAAGUUUUC